AUGGUAUCAUUCAUACAGGUAUUUUUCGGUUUCUUGAUCGCAGUAAAUGCGGACGAGGGAUUUAAUACCGGUUGCGUUACAAAAUGCUCGGUGACCUUUGACCAUAACUUGUCCUGCUUCAACAAGACUCGAGAUUUCUUUGAAAAAGACCUAUUCGACACUAUGCAAAACUAUGUGAGGAGUUGGGUUUUGUCGGGACUUUCUAAAGACAAAGACGCGAAGACAAUAUCGCAGUCUACGAUUAAUGGGAUGAAAAAGGACAAAGUGUUCAAUCAAAAAGAUUCUGAUGAAAUGUAUGGGCCUGGUGAUGCGCAAUCGAUUGCAGAUGCCUUGGCAGAACUCAUCAAGAAACAAGAGGGCGCCAACGUCAAUGGAAAUCUUUCAUGUCCACUUGGUUGUGAAGAAUCCAUGACCCCGUGGCUACCAAUUUUUGUAGCAUCCGCUGCUCUUAAUCUUGUCUUCUUCAUCCUUGCUGCUGGCGCUAUGCUAUUAGCAACCAAACGCGAGGAACGACAAGCCGCCAAAAUCUUCCAAGAAGCCCUCAUCACCAGCCAUGGCAUCAAGAAAGAA